AUGGCGACUCCACCGGCCUCGCCUUCUACCGCGGUGGGUUCGCCGCGACCCUUUAGCUCCGUCAUACGUCCUACGCGGAGUUCAAGUCGAAUGAGUAUGAGUAGCAAGCAAGGCGGCGGGAGCAGGGCCUCAGAUGAAGAGAGCAGGACAUCAGUGAAAGUUGUGGUCCGUGUUCGGCCGGCGCUGAAGCAGACUGAUCCCGGCUUCGAGCUGAUCCCCCAGCGUUUCCAACGUUCGAUGGUCCACGUAACUUCUCCAACGACCUUGGCUGUCGACUCUCCGCAAGGACGGAAAGUUUUCAUAUUUGAUCGGAUAUUCGGCCCCGAAAUCGAACAAGAAGGCAUUUGGACCUAUCUGAAUGAGAGCGUCAAUGCGUUUGUGCAAGGAUAUAAUGUUUCGUUGCUUGCGUACGGCCAGUCCGGCGCAGGGAAGUCAUAUACGAUGGGUACUGCUGGGCCGGUAGGGUCGGGAGACACUGCUCAUAUGGCAGGUGUUGUUCCUCGGGCAGCUACGGCUAUUUUUGAAAAGCUAGGCGGUGGAUCCUCGAAUCGGACGUCAACGACUGGGCUGCGAACACCAAAGCGUUAUUCAACCAAUUCCAUUCAGCCAUUCAAUGGUGCUGCAAAGCUGCCCGAGAAGAACUGGAUCAUGAAAGCAACUUAUGUCGAGAUCUACAACGAGCAACUGCGAGACCUGUUACUUCCAGAGUCUCUCCCGCCGUCAGAACGCAAUCAGAUUACCAUUCGUGAAGAUGCCAAAGGCCGAAUAUUACCGACCGGUCUCCAUCAGGUAACGAUCAAUUCCGUCGAAGACCUUCUUAAUGCGCUCAGCUUUGGAUCCUCCAUUCGUCAAACGGACGCAACUGCCAUCAAUGCAAAGUCAUCUCGGUCCCAUGCAGUGUUCAGUCUCAAUUUGAUACAGAAGAAAAAUAAGGGUCAGGGGACUCCAGCACAGGAGAAGCGCUUCUCAGUACCCUUAGAAGCCAUGACCGGUAAUGAAGGCUGGGUCACUGUUGACAGCAAGCUUCAUUUUGUUGAUCUUGCCGGUAGUGAGCGGCUUAAGAAUACUGGCGCGCAAGGCGAUCGUGCCAAAGAGGGUAUUUCUAUUAAUGCUGGACUUGCCAGCCUAGGCAAAGUCAUUUCUCAGCUGUCUUCGCGGCAGGGCGGAGCUCAUGUAUCUUAUCGAGACUCAAAGCUCACACGUUUGCUGCAAGACUCGCUUGGCGGGAAUGCUAUAACUUAUAUGAUUGCCUGCGUCACCCCAGCAGAGUUCCAUCUCAGCGAAACACUCAAUACUGUUCAGUAUGCCCAACGUGCUCGGGCAAUCCAAAGCAAGCCGCAAAUACAACAGGUUUCGGAUGAAGCAGACAAGCAAGCACUUAUUGACCGACUGCGGGCAGAGGUUCAGUUUUUGCGAGACCAAAUCCGUAAUUCCGAGCGUGGUGAUAGGCGAAGCCAUGUUUCUCAGUAUCAAGGCGAUAGGCAAAAUGAGAGGCAAAUGGAACUGCAAAACCAGCUGCUCGACGUUCAGGAGAAUUAUAAUGCUCUGAGCCAGCGACACGCAAAACUCAUCUCGGAGAUGACAAAGGCGCGAGACAAUGGGACUAUUGACAUCACACCUGAGACUAGUAUCGGCGAGAGCGCGGUGGACAGACUGAACAGGUCCAACUCAUUUGCGGAAGCAGUGGAACAAGUCGUCUUGGAAUAUGAAAAGACAAUCCAAAGCCUCGAGAAUUCCCUGUCGAGCACGCGUUCGUCUCUGGCCAAUACCGAGAGUAACCUGCUCGAAAAAGAGACGAGAUGUGCCUAUGUGGAGACGAUCAACCAACAACUCCAGCUUCGUUUGCAAAAGCUGAUGGAUCGGGAGACAAGCACCGAAAGUUACUUGCGUGAUCUUGAGACCAAGCUGGAUGGCCAGACUUCAGGGGAAGAGAAGAACGCCGCAAUCAUAUCCGAGCUGCGCAAAGAGAUUGCACGUAUCCGCGAAAAUGAGGCCAACUGUGAAGAUUAUAUCUCCACUUUGGAAGAACGCCUUGCCGAAGCUGAUCAGGACGCUGAGCUUAUGCAUCGCGAGAUUAGCCGCCUCGAGCAUGUCAUUGAACGUCAACGUAGUCUUGGAAAGCUGGACAAUCUCCUUUACGAACUCGAUCACAUGCAACAGAGUGAUAAGGAUUCUAUUGCUGAGCAUCUAUCAAAUGGAAACGUCAUUGAAGCUGCCGAAACCGCUCAGAAACGAAAGUCGUCUUCAACGAAAGAAAUCGGCGAGGAAUCGAAGGCGGAUAGUCCGACCAGCUUAAGGGAAAGCCCCGGAGAGAUCACCCCGAUAGAGGAAGAGCCCAAACAGAUACAGGAGCCUUUGUUGGACACGCCCAAUGACAUCGACCAAGUUAAGGUUGCUGCUCGGGCUGUGGAAUCGACUCAGACACAGACGGAGCCUAUAGCUGCGCAAGAAGAACAAGAAGCUCCGCAAGAAGCUCAAACGGCUGCCCAAGCUGAGGCUGUCGCUGAGAAACUUGCAAGUGUUACUCAGGAACUUUUUGAUCUUCGUGUUGAGCACGACUCUACCGUAACAGACUACGAUGUCCUUUCGGCCAAGUAUGAGGAAGCUUUGCGCUCUCUGACCGAGCUGCGCGAGGAGGCCAAUGCCACACGCAAAACGAAUGCCGAAAGCCAGACACCUUCCGCCCCUUCGACCAGAUCGGCGUCUUUUUUAGGGCAGAGGCUCGACGAACCCAACAGUGGAGAACAAUCGCGGUCCUCGCGCUCACCCUCCUCGGAAUUGUCCUCGCCUGGGGACUUGCCAUCUAUCGUCGAGCCUUCUGAAUUCCAGACUUCCCCCAAAGAGUCAGAUAACGACGAGAUUGCAGAAGUGCUCGAAAAGGAAAGAGCACUGGCUCUGAACAUGGAGCAUCUCAAGCAGAUGCAAUCUCAGAAAGACGAGAAUAUGGCGGCUUUAACCCAACAGUACGCUCAUCUCCAGGAGCAGCAUCAAGAUACGCUUGAUGUUGUUGAGAUCCUGAAAGCUGAGGUACAACGGGCCAAGCUUGCGAAUGAAUCCUUUCCGAACCCAUCGAUUGUGCGCCGAAAAUCGGGGCAGAAUCUAGGCACAGUCGAUCGCGCCCACCGAUCCUUUGCUUCGUUGCGGAAUUUGGCUGCUGAGCAGUUUGAACGUCAACCGGAUGUCAUGCAGCACUUUGAGCUUAAUCUCAAUGCAGCAAUGCACGAGCUCUAUUCGCGUUCGGAGAGAGUUCAGUCACUUGAAUCAGAGCUCGCAGACAUGAAGCGGGAGAUGGAAACGAAGACGACUAUUAUUGCAGGACUUACUCGAGAGAGGUCUAGUUUGAAAUCAUCUUCGCCAAUCGACAUUUCCAUGGCUGCUUCUUUACGUGACCAGCUUUUGCAGAGCGAGAACGAGAUUCGAGUUCUUCGGGAAGGUCACGCCGCCCGCGAGGAGGAACUAUUGACCCAGAUCAAUUCUUUGAAUUCUCUUAUCGCGGAACGAGCGAAUACAGACACUCCAGUGCUUGGCAAUGUGCCUCAGCUGGAGGAAAGUGCUCCAAUGCCAGGGCUCUAUCCCGAAACGCCCUUGGGGAAUCUCUCGGAGAGCAAGGAGCUUGGAGAAACGCCAAGUGUAAUUAGCAGCAAUGAAGGCCAAAAGAUUGCAAGUCUAGAGGAGGAACUUCAUCAGUGGGAAGUCAAACACAGAUCUGCAGUGGACUCGAUGCAGGCUUCUGAGAAGCAGUUGCUGGCGACCAUUGCCGAACUGGAGAUGGCAAUCAAGACCUCAGAGCAGCCUGCCGAAACAACCACAAUGGAGAGUCUAGAAAAGGAGAGCCCUGGCGAGGUUCCUCGGCACAUUUUGGAAGAAGCAAAUCUUGUGGAGUCUCUGCGCACUGAGAUUGACGGACACAAGAAAGCUAUAGACGAGCGCAAUGAGCGAAUCUCUCUUCUUCAAGACUCUCAAGCAGAAUGGCAGAAGAGGUACGAAGAGAAAGUGGCUUUGAGCGAUACCACUGAGGCAGAUGCUAGUUUGCUUCGUGAUCUGGUGUCAAACCUUGAGAGGCAGAUUGAAGAACAGAAAUCAGCCGUUGCCUUUCAUCAGCAAGGCCUGAAAUCGUUGCAGGAAACCCACGCAUCCGAGAUUGAAAAUGUUCGAUCAUCGAUGCUCAUAGAAGCUCAAGCUUCUACCGAAGUGAAACUCGCUGAGCAGACCGACAACUACCGUGAGAGGCUGGAUGCGCUCGAACUGGAUCUAGCUGCAUCAAGGGGCGAGAUGGCAUCCUUGCUAGAGAACAUGUCGGCCAUUUUCAAAGAGGAUUGCAGCGUUGACAAGAUGCAGGAGCGAGUGCGAGUUCUCGCUAAUGACAGAGACAAUCUUCUAGCACAGCACGAAAAGGCAUCUCUCGAUCUGCAAGAAGCUACCAACCAUGGAACGAAACUCCAAGAGAAAAUUGAGGGGUAUGAGAAGACUGUCGGCGAGCUCAGCGCGCUGAAUGACGAGCUUGUCAAUGAAAUUGCGCGGGUUAGCGAAAAGGAGAGGAAGAGCUCUCGUCUAGUAGAAGAACUCGAGGAGCAACUUGCUUCAAAUUUCGACCAGCAUCAGAUCGCCAGCAACAGGCUCUCGCUUUUGCAGAAUGAGCGGAACGUACAACUCGAGGAGGCAAUCAUUGCUCGCGCUGAGGCAGAAAGGGAGCUUGAUGCACAUAAAAAGAAGAUUGUCCAGCUUGAAUCGCGCAAUUCCGGUACUGUGCCUGGCCACGAGCGGACCGACUCUGCCAAUUCUCAGCUCCGCAAGAGCACAUCCGUCGCAUCUCUACCCUCACCUCCACCUGCUAUUCCACUGCCGCCUCUUCCAACGGCUAAUGCACCUGCCGGCGCGCCUCCUGCUUCGGCACCGUCUUCUCGCCCGGCAAGUAAGGACCUGCUUGCGUCCCAGCUUGCAGAGGACCAAGAAACGCGUAUUCGUACCAUUGAGAAGCACCUCUUUGCAGAGAAGCAGCUUACGGCCACGCUCGAGGAAGCGCUCAUGGACCUCGAGUCCCAGUGCAACAAGGUCAAGGCCGAUGUGGAAACAUGGAAGAAGAAGGCAUGGUCGUAUGAGGACGAGAUCAAAACUAUGCAGAAAGAACGUAAUACGUCGCGUCUCUCUGUCCAGGCCGUCGAAGAAGAACGCCAAGCAAGGAUGCAAGCAGAGGCCGCACGUGCUCAUUUGGAAGAACGGAUGAAUGCGAUUAACAAAAAGAAGAAGAAGGGCAGCUUGAAUUGCUUCUAG